AUGGGACUUUUCUUCAUUGAGUGGACAGCUGAGCGUCGCUGGUUUCUUCAGUUUUUUGUCAGUAUUUUGAUUUGUCUUAAUAAUGGUGCCUGCUUUUGUUUUGGUAUAUUCAGCCCAUACAUGAAGCAAAAGCCGUUUAUGUAUAGCCAGUCGGACAUCAACUUGGUUUCAACUGUUGGUGUCAUUUUAAGCUAUUUUUCACUUCCAACAGGAUUUCUGUAUGACCACAAAGGUCCUAAGGUAAUACUUUUUAUAGGGACUUUAUUGGGUUUUUUGGGUUGGCUUGGGAUGUUUCUCAUGUUUGUAAAUGUGGGUUCUCCCCUGCUUGGCACAAAUGUUUUAGUAAUGUGUCUAUUUUAUGGUGUUUUGCAAUUUUCAUCCAGUUUUUAUGAAACUGGUUCAGUUUUAACAAACCUGGACGCAUUCUCCUGUUAUCAGGGACGCGUCAUUGUCAUUCAAAAAACCUUUAUGGGCCUGGGAAGCUCUGUUAUUGUGCAAAUAUAUAUUGCCUUUUUUGAGACCCACUUUGCAGGGAUCGGACCUUUUUUAUUAUUUCUGCUUAUUUAUUCGUUGACUGUCGGUGUCCUUGGGACAUUGAUUGUUCGUCUGCCGUCCGAAAAAACGCAAUGUUUGGGGCUUAACGUCCCAGAUGAGGAGAUGAUUCAGAGUGGAGGAGGCGAAUCUCGCCUAUUUAGGCUCCCGUUCAACGUUGGAACUGGGAUUCUUUUUACUUCAAUAGCUUUUAUCCUGCUUGUGACGCUGCUGGAGAAUUUUUAUUCGUUUUCUGAUGCUGACCGCGAAGCUAUUGGUAUUGUGACGAUUGUUCUAUGCGUUUCUUUCUCUUUCAUGAUUUUGGUGACGCCUAGUUAUUCCGUAAAUCGUGGAGGAUAUGACACGCAGUCAACGGCGAUAACAGCGAAAACAACAACAAAGGCGGAAGCAGCUGCGGCUACCACAAACACCGACGUUAAUGCCGUCACAGGGGACACCGCCACUCCGACUUUUCCGCCGUCGCCACCGCCUCUUCGUUUUCCCCUUUCUUCCUUUCCAACUGAGGUGAUUGGUAAACCUGCAAAUGCGACGAAUGAGAUUUAUGCAACACCGUGCAAAAAAGGAGGGAGGGAGAACGGUCUCUCGUUGCUAUCUCGAGGUCCAAGGGGGUAUUCUCAUUUUCGCGAAGGCCUUUCCCCUCAAGAUGUCGAUUUGGAUGUUCCAGAUGCACCCGAUUUGACUAACGGGAAGGAAAUUGAGUUACCUUUAGAAAGGGAACGACAUGUUUCACGGGGAUGGAACUCCCGCUCGGGGGAAAAUUUUGCUGCCGAAUCGGAGGCCGCCCGACAGGAGGUGAAAUUAAAUUCAAAGUCUUUAUGGUACAAUUUGCGUCGAAGAGAGUUGUGGCUGAUGUGGUAUGUGUGUCUGGCAUCAUGGAGCUCGGCCACGUUGGUAUCCACAAAUAGCAGCCAGAUAUACGAAUCAAUGGAUUUUUAUGGGUACUCUCCCACGGUGAACGUCGUCCUUGUUUCCAUCUACGGUGUUGCAAGUGCAAUUGGGCGUGUGUUUAUUGGGCUUGCGCAUCCUAUUCUUGUGCGCAAAAAGAUUCCUGUUUCCUCAUUUUUUUGUAUUGCUCCGGUUUUAAAUGUAAUCGGGCUGCCAUUGUUUCUAGCAAUGAAAAGGGGUUCCUUAUCGAUUCCUUUUUUUAUAGUUGGCCUCGCCACAGGUGUUUCAUGGGGCAGCACCAUUCUCAUUAUCAAGGGCCUCUUCGCUCCUAAUAACUGUGGAAAACAUUACAGUGCGUUGUACACGGCGGGAAUUAUUUCUCCAUUGAUAUUUAACGUUGGUCUUUUUGGACCGAUUUACGAUUUUUACAGCAAACGGCAGGGCCUUUGGGAGACUCGUCAAUGUGAAGGGCGUGUUUGUAUUUGGAUUCCUCUUGUUAUAUGCGCGAUUGUAAACGCUAUUGCUUUGCCCUUGUCCGUAUAUUUCGUCACUCGGAUAGUAAAACGAGGAGGGUUACUUUAG